CAGCCAUUUGACGUCACACCCCAGCGAUUACAAAACAACCAGCAUUGCAUGAGAUAAGGCCAUCAUCAUCCGACGUUUUCAGAUCAUCGGAAAUAAUUAUCAGACAAGAACAGACUGUGUACCAUGGCUCUCAGAGGUGCUGUGACUCGUUUGCUCUCCAACGCUAAGAAAUGUGCUGCAGUCUCAUCCUCCCAGGCACAGGGCACAGCAGCAGCUUCACCAGCCCAAAACGAAGCCGAAGUGGUCGCCAAGAAGACAGUAAAAGCACCCAAGGUGCAGUUUAACUGGCGUGACGCCCUGGAGCUGGACGGCCUGCUGACAGAGGAGGAGGUGAUGAUCAGAGACUCUUUCAGGACCUACUGCCAGGAGAAACUAAUGCCACGCAUCAUCAUGGCCAACAGACACGAACAUUUCCAUCGUGAGAUUGUCUCAGAGAUGGGAGAGCUGGGUGUCUUGGGGCCAACCAUCCAAGGUUAUGGUUGUGCCGGCACCAGCUACGUGGCCUACGGGCUCAUUGCCAGGGAGGUGGAGAGGGUGGACAGUGGCUACCGAUCAGUCAUGAGUGUCCAGUCCUCGCUGGUGAUGCACCCCAUCAACGCCUACGGCACAGAGGAACAGAAGGAGAAGUGGCUACCCAGGCUAGCUCGUGGGGAGAUCUUGGGCUGUUUCGGCCUGACUGAGCCCAACCACGGCAGUGACCCCGCGGGCAUGGAGACCAAGGCCAAGUACAACCCCUCCAGUAGCACCUUCACCAUCAGCGGAGCCAAGACAUGGAUCACCAACUCACCCGUGGCGGACAUCGCGGUGGUCUGGGCCAAGUGUGAGGAUGGCAGGAUCAGAGGUUUCAUCCUGGAGCGUGGCAUGAAGGGCCUGGCAACGCCUAAGAUCGAGGGCAAGUUCUCUCUGCGGGCGUCGGCCACGGGCAUGAUCCUGAUGGACGAGGUGGAGGUGCCCCAAGAGAAUAUGUUGCCCAACGUCUCUGGACUGGCUGGUCCCUUCGGCUGCCUGAAUAACGCCCGCUACGGUAUCGCCUGGGGAGCUCUGGGUGCUGCCGAGUUCUGCUUCCACGCUGCCCGCCAGUACACACUGGACAGGAUCCAGUUUGGCGUGCCCCUGGCCAGGAACCAGCUGAUGCAGAAGAAGAUGGCUGACAUGCUGACAGAGAUCACCAUCGGCCUGCAGGCCUGUCUGGCCCUAGGCAGACUCAUCGACGACAAGAAAGCGGCCCCUGAGAUGAUCUCCAUGCUGAAGAGGAACAGCUGUGGGAAGUCCCUGGACAUCGCCAGGCAGGCCCGAGACAUGUUGGGAGGCAACGGCAUCGCAGACGAGUACCACAUUAUCAGACACGUCAUGAACCUGGAGGCCGUCAACACAUACGAAGGUACCCAUGACAUCCAUGCCUUGAUCCUGGGCCGAGCCAUCACUGGACUGCAGUCAUUCACUGUUGAGAAGUAAACGCUCCUCCUAGUCCUCCUAUUACAACGGACUGAAUAACGGACUUAAAGUAGACUGGGAAAGCCUUGAGCUACCCAUCUAUCUGUCUUCUGAGAAGUAGUCACUGAGGGUGUGUGCCUGACUGCCGAUGGACUUCCAUCCCCAAGUGCCUCUGUUUGGUGAGAGUAUAUUAAAGUAAAAGUCAACCUGAAAGAAACACCGGGUCCAAAUAUGAGACGGUUUUGUUUUGCUUAUGUACCUGUACUCAAUCAAUCGACGAUUGAAAUACAAUGUCAGCUUGAAUGUUGAUACAGUAGCUUCAAUCUCCUACUACGAAGGGAUGUCACAAUGCUAUGUAGCAUGUUGAUAAGGGAUCUGUAUAGAUUAGAAAGAUGUGUUAUGGAAUAAGUUAACUUAAUGGGUGAGAGGUUGUACAGUAUGUAUGUGUAUCUUUAGAGAUUUGUUCACAACUGGUCUAUUUGAUUUAUUUCUAGGUGAAAGAAAUGAACUGUACAUAAAGCAUAUUUUGAAAUUAUGAAUUGUAUAAUUUCGUAAUUGUGAUACCGACGGCUGACCUAAAUCAGUGCCCUUUUUGAGGACAGAGAAUGUCCCAAUUCAAUGAUCUGCCGUAUCGAAAUAGUCAUAGGAUUAGGGACUCAUUUGCAAAUGAUUUUUUUCUCUCAUUAUUUCACAUUAUCUGGUCAAAAAAGCCAUUGACACGUAAUCACACUAACUGAAAUGACAAAGAAGCGAGCCAUUGCUUUGUAACAACACACUCAGGUUUAUUAACCAAAACAGCACUUACAAAAGCACCAGACUUAAAACUGCAGAGCAGGUAUAUUUAAUCAGCUAGUUAACACUUGAACCAGCACAGUUAUACUAUAACCAACCACCGCACGGGGCUGGCACAGUACAGUGGGGUCAUCAAUGGCUGUCCAAAGGCUGUCAAACUAC